GUACUGAACUUUAAUUUAAGUCGUUUUGUGAUUUCAGGAACCCGGAGAGGAUUGCUUCUGCGGACAAACCUCCGAAAUGGUCAAGAAAUGCGAUAAAGUCAUUUGCCAUGUCUGAACUUGAAGCAAGGAAGUUCAGGUACCCAACUACAGGAACUGAGUCCCUUCUCAUGGGCAUUCUAAUUGAGGUAUGCACCAGGCUGACUCUGAUUUGGUCUGCAGGAACCGGUUUAGUUGCAAAAUUUCUUCUUGCAAAUGGAAUUACACUUUUCAAGUUACGUGAAGAAUGUGUCAAGUUACUGGGACAGGGUGAGAGGUCUUUUGUCAGUCCUAUGACUCCUCCUCUGACUGAAGACGCUCAAAGGGCCCUUGACUGGGCUGUUGAUCAGAAACUAAAAUCUGGUGAUGGUGGGGAAAUUACAACAAUUGAUCUCCUCCUCAGCAUUUGGUCAGAGGCGGAAUCUCCUGGACAUAAAAUAUUGGCUGCUCUUGGCUUCAAUGAUGACAAAGCCAAAGAGCUGACAUCUUUAAGUUCUGAACCUGGUUUUGUAGAUGGGUAAUGCUUGUCUUUGGUACUUACCUGAUAUGUAAUU